AUGCUUGCACUCAUUCCAUACAGCAGAGACCUUCCAGGGAAGGGCACCCCGGAAUGUGAUUCCAAAUGUGAAAUUCGGAUGUUGGAAAGAUUUGUAGAAAAACGGCAACAAAAAUGGGCUUAUAGAGCCUCUCUACAAGUGGACAUUGUUCCAAGCCAGGGGGAGAUCAGCGUUGGAGAAUCUAAGUUCUUCUUAUGUCAAGUGGCAGGGGAGGCCAAAUACAAAGACAUUUCCUGGUUUUCCCCUAAUGGUGAAAAGCUGACACCGAACCAACAGCGCAUCUCCGUGGUGCGGAAUGAUGACUUCUCCUCCACCCUCACCAUCUACAAUGCCAACAUUGAUGACGCUGGCAUCUAUAAAUGUGUCGUCAGUAGCGUGGAAGAAGGAGACUCCGAGGCCACCGUCAAUGUGAAAAUUUUCCAAAAGCUGAUGUUCAAGAAUGCUCCCACUCCGCAGGAAUUCAAGGAAGGGGAUGAUGCUGUGAUUGUGUGUGAUGUGGUCAGCUCCCUGCCUCCUACCAUCAUCUGGAAGCACAAAGGCAGGGAUGUUAUCCUAAAAAAAGAUGUUCGAUUUAUAGUCCUGUCCAACAACUACCUGCAGAUCCGGGGAAUCAAGAAAACAGAUGAAGGGACGUACCGCUGUGAGGGCCGGAUCUUGGCUCGUGGGGAGAUCAACUUCAAAGAUAUUCAGGUCAUCGUAAAUGUACCUCCUUCUGUGCGUGCCAGGCAGAGCACUAUGAAUGCCACUGCCAACCUCAGCCAGUCUGUCACCUUAGCAUGUGAUGCUGAUGGCUUUCCUGAGCCAACCAUGACGUGGACAAAGGAUGGAGAGCAAAUAGAAGAGGCAGAUGAUGAAGAGAAAUACAGUUUUAACUACGAUGGGUCCGAGCUCAUCAUCAAGAAGGUGGAUAAGAGUGACGAAGCAGAAUACAUCUGCAUCGCUGAGAACAAGGCUGGCGAGCAGGAUGCCACCAUUCAUCUCAAAGUCUUUGCAAAACCCAAAAUCACCUAUGUGGAGAAUAAAACAGCCAUGGAGCUGGAGGAUCAGAUCACACUGACCUGUGAGGCAUCUGGGGACCCAAUCCCUUCCAUCACUUGGAGGACUUCCACCCGGAACAUCAGCAAUGAAGAGAAGGCUUCAUGGACCCGGCCCGAGAAACAAGAGGUAUAA